AUGCAUUUCUCCACCAUUGGCGCGGUCAUUCUGGCUACCCUGUGCGCCAGUUCUCAGGCAUGGGAAGUCGUCGCAUACGACAACGUCAACGGCUGCAGUGCCAACGGCAAUACGAGGUACCGCUCCAUCACGGGCGCCUCCAACCUCAACGGAUGCAUGACGUUCGACAACGACAUGCCCGGCACGGGCUGCCGCGAGUACCAGAACGGCGGCGCCACCAAUGGCGCAUGCGUCUCGGGGUCGCUGCUUCCAUCGUCCGUGAUUUUGCGCGCCGGAAGAUGCAUCAUCUGGGACCAGCCUGGGUGCCAGGGCAGGUUUAUCGACACUAAUGGCGCGGUCAAUGGAUGCAGUGACUUCAGGGCUUAUGGAUGGGGCAAAAUCCGCUCUUUCAAGUGCUUUGGC